AUGGCUUCUUCUUCUUCCGAUGAUCCGGCUCCGGAGAACGACGAAGUCACCGUCUUUGCUAGACAACCUCCGCACCCAACGUCACAGUUCUUCCUUCCUCACAAUAGCUACUACUUCUGUGCCCCACCGUCCAUAUACUUCAUCUCCGGCGGCAUCCUCCCUCACCUCCCUCCUCCAUCUAUAUGGGUGUAUUACCCUCUUUGGUGUAUUCACCCUAACACGAACCGGUUUGUGCCUACACAACAACUUCCCCCAAACCCUAGCCACGAGCUCACUCUUCCACCGACUAGUAGCAAGAGGUUUUUUAGCCGGAGAAGCUAUGGACGAGGUAAGAAGGUAACAUCGGCUAAGAAGACAUCAAACGAACUUGAAUCUAAUGGCGAACACAUCACUACCGUCAUGCUUCGUAACAUACCAAACCGAUACACGCGAGAGAUGAUGAUUGACUACAUGGAUAAGCAUUGUGAUGAAGCUAACGAAAGUGAUAAAAAUGAAGAGUCACCAAUCUCUGCGUAUGAUUUCUUGUAUGUCCCUGUAGACUUCAAGACUAAAAUGAACAAGGGGUAUGCAUUCGUGAACUUUACAAAUGCAAAAGCAGUGCCAAAGUUUAAGGCUGCUUGUAACCAGAAGCAGUGGAGCCAUUUCCAUUCAUCAAAAGUGCUCGAGAUUACUUCUGCUAGGAUUCAGGCUAAUGAGCUGGUGAGACGCUUCCAGAAUAUGGCAUAUCCGGAUGAGGCGUAUUGUGCAGUAUGUUUCAGCCCAGCAAGAAGAGGUGGGAAGAACGUGGUUCAAACCAAAAUGGUUGGCAAAUGCACCGAACCAAUGAGCUCGGAUGGAAAAGAAAAGACUCAGACACCGAACCAAAUCCAAUUGAAAACAAGGAAAGGUUUAGGUUUGGAUUUGGUUUUUGAUGUGUGUGAGUUUUGUCUUUUAGUUAGUGUUAUCUUUUAG